AUGGAAAACUGUAAAAAUGGGGAUGGAAGGAAUGAGUGUUUGGUGCCUAAACUGAUCGUUUUCCAAUAUUUUCUCAAUAUUUUAAUGAAAAAAAUAUCAGAAAAUUGUGCUAAUAAUUUAAAAUCGGGUUUCGAAAAAUGUGGAAUAUACCCUCUAAAUCGUGACAAGGUAUUAAAUAUGUUGCCAGUAGAAUAUGAUGACCUAGAUGUUUCUGAUCAUGUCAACAGUAGUUUAAAAGAAUUUUUAAAAUCUAUGAGAAGUACUGAAACAACAAAUGUGCGUCAAAAGAGAAAAAAAUUGAAUGUUCAACCAGGACAAAGUGUUGAGGUUGUGGAGAGUUCUAAUUCUGAACUUGGAGAUCAAUCUGAUUCUUCCAGUACAGUUGACCAACCAGAAGAUGUUGUUGAUUCUAUUAUAUCCCCAGCAGUAAUUUCAGAUGAUAGCUCAGAUGAAGAAGAUGAUGGUGAUGUAAAUAUUGAGACUUUACCACAUGUUAUAAAAUACAAUCAACGUUUUGACAAUGUCCAUCAUAUUUCUCAAAUGACUGAUGUAAAAGAUGGAAUGUGGUUACUAGUUAGUUUCGAGAUCAUAUCAAAAAAAGCAACAACUAGUAAGAAAAUCUAUAAGUAUUAUGUUUGUAAAGUUUUAAAAUGUGAUCAUGGUGAGUUUAUUGGUACAUUUUUAAGAAACAUCAACACAAGAGACCAUUUUGGAUUUAUAUAUGGGUUCCCAAAUGUUACAGACGAAUUUACAUUAAGUUUCUUCCAAAUAGUUGGUAAGCUGAAUGACCCUGAACCAUAUUAA